UGUAACCACCUGUCUUUCUUUCACCGAUUGGGGGUGCAAUUCAGCUCGGGGCGGAUAGACCCGACCCGGACAUGACUCAAGCUGUCCUCUGUUGCAGAAUACGACCUGUAACACCAACACCAGCAGUGUCUCGAAAACACGCAGUGGGCCUGCAUGUGCUCCUAGUACCCACGGCCGGAGGACAACGGUGCAGAAUCGAUUUUACCAAAACUAUGGGCUGCGCAGUGGGAAAGCAAGAUGACGAUGCUCCUAACGAUCCCCAGUCCGCUCAACAGGAGAUGAAACAGCAAGAAGGAAGCAGUGGAACGAAGGUGCUAGAGGAAGAGAUACGUCUGCAAAACCCCAGCGGGUCUGGGGACGCGGUACACUUCCAAGCAUGGAUUGGGCAUACCGUCGGGCCAUACACCCUGACGAACGUGACAGCAAACGGACUGGCCAGUAUGGCGGGUUUGAGGCGAGGCGACCAGCUCAUCGGAAUGAACGGCCAGAACAUCGAAAAAUACAGUCUUGAGCACGUCUUAUAUCUUCUCUGCGAAGACAUCGAGACAAAACUCCUACUGGAGCUGAAGCGAACCGACGGCGGAAUCACCAAGUACGUAUGGUCGUUCUUCGAACUCUCCAUUCGAGAGGGCAACCCAGUAAUUCAGGUGAUACAAUUACUCGAGACUCACAUCGAUGCCAUACCCACGGAAAUUUUGGACGCUGCCAUCUCGUGGAUUGGUGCUCCAGUGAACGCUGUCGAGAUCUACUUGCCUGAUGAGAAUCUCUAUCUGGGCAUUGACGAUGAAAAACUAUCGUUUAUGAAACACGACAAGGACAAAUGCACGUUUUACAGAUACAACUAUGAAGGCGGCGACUCGUCCCAGGGCAACAUCGUAGCCUACACGCAACAGAACUUCAAGCCACCGCCGACUGACAUUAAAAAUACACCAGCCACAACAAACGGCACUUCAGCACCUGAGCUUUUCGUAGAGGAUUUUCCUUCUUCGAUGGUGACGCAGUUGUCAUUUCCACCCGAUCCCCGUCUGUGGUACGAAAAAAUAGAUACUACGGGAGACCAGGAAGGACGUACACUGCAAAGCAUGACUCAACAGGAGUGGUACUUGGCCAGAGAUCCGGCAAACAACGCUGCAAUUUUGUCCAAGUAUGCCUUGGCGAUGAGCAUCUUGCCAGUGGAGCUCCCAAUCGUUAAAAUAAAGACAACUGAAGAAGCAGUUUCUACUUAGUCUGAUAGCUAUUAUACUCUGUCACAUCCCCAAAAACGGUUUCCUGAGAAGGAAAAGUCGAUCGGAAUUCCCCUGUGUUUCCGAAUGCUAUCUAUAAAAUCGCAUUGGUGGUCUGCGCCACCUUUAGUACACGCCACUUUUCGUAUGUAAGAUGGUACUAUUUACAUUACACUAUAUGAUACGUAAUAAGCCAAUCCAUAACUUUAGUUACAGAAUAUGAAUCAUAUUCAGUACUCCUUUUUCUGUAUUAUUCACACCUAAUGUUUGGAAAAGCCGUAAUGUCUCGUGAUAAUUAUCUAAUCAAGGCCGUUUUCCAAUACUCAACUUCAGCUGCGUCUCAGGCUUCAACUGGUUUUUACGACCUGACUUU